AUGAUUACACACACGUCUAAUGUACAUUUAGUAUUCGUAAAUGAUAACUGUGCAAUGAAAAUAGAUAUGAAUUCGAAUAAUCGAUUUUGAGUAAGAAUUUUGUGGAAAAAAGAUAAUGAUAAUUUAUCUGUUUAUUUGAAAACAAGAACAGAAAUAAGAGUCAAAAGGAAAACUAAGUUACGCGUGUAUUGGAGAUUGAAGCUACAGGCUCAAUCUUCGAGCGGUGGCGUACAAGCACAGGAAGGUAGUUGAAGUUUCCUUUAUUAAAGCAGAUUAAAUCAACAAUUGCAGGAAUUCUAAUAAUGGAUAUAUUAAGGAAUGUAUCGUCGGCUUUUUGGUCAACUGAUGUUUGGUUACCGCCUAAUAUAACGUGGGAAGAUAUCAAACCAAAUUCGGAUAAUAAAUAUGCAGACUAUCAACAUUUAAUUUAUCCUCUGCCUAUGGCAUUUGUUCUUUUAAUAAUUAGAUAUGCCCUAGAAAGGUACUGUUUUGCGCCCAUUGGUAAGUCCCUUGGUAUAAAAAAUACAAGAACAAAAAAAGCUACACCAAAUGAAAUAUUAGAAAAAGCCUAUCGUAGCAGAAAAAUUAAACAUAAACAGAUCCUGGCACUGGCUAAACAAUUAGAUUGGUCUGAACGACAAGUAGAAAGAUGGUUGCGAUUAAGACGUACUCAGGAUAAGCCAUCAACACUUACAAAAUUUUGUGAAAACAGCUGGCGAUGUUUAUAUUACAUAUACUCAUUUCUAUAUGGACUAAUUAUUUUAUGGAACAAGCCAUGGUUGUGGGACAUAAAUCACUGUUAUUAUAAUUAUCCAUAUCAUCCAGUUUCAAAUGAUAUAUGGUGGUACUAUAUGAUAUCAAUGGCCUUUUACUGGUCUCUAAGUUUUUCUCAAUUUUUUGAUGUAAAAAGAAAAGAUUUUUGGCAAAUGUUCAUUCACCAUAUAGCUACUAUUGUAUUAAUGUGCUUUUCAUGGGUUGGAAACUUAACCAGAAUUGGUUCAUUGGUCUUAUUAGUGCAUGAUUGUGCAGAUAUUUUUCUAGAAGCUGCAAAAAUGGCUAAGUAUGCUAACUACCAGAAAUUAUGUGAUUGUAUAUUUGUCAUUUUUACAGUCCUAUGGAUUAUCACACGUAUUGGUGUUUAUCCAUUUUGGAUAAUUUAUAGCACAUCGAUAAAGGCACCUAAAAUAGUACCUAUGUUCCCAGCAUAUUAUAUUUUCAAUUCUUUGCUAAUUUUAUUGUUAUUCCUUCACAUGAUCUGGACAUAUUUAAUUCUUAAAAUCGCAUACAACGCUUUCUAUGCCGGCCAAAUGGAAGGUGAUAUUCGUAGUAGCAGCAGUGAAGAUAUUUCAGAUAACUCCAUUGAUAGUACACCACUAAAUAAUUCUACAAAUUAUGUUACCAAGCAAAAUUCCAGACAGAAGGUUCACUAACAAAUAACUUUCUAGAAAAAAGGUUAUUGCAACAGUAAUAAGGCAAGAAUUCAAAUAUUUAGCCGGGCGCCAAUUAAUUUCAGCGAAUUUAAUAAACCCUUGCAUUUAUCGUAGUAUGAUAAUUAAAAACCUUAACUUCGAUAAAGUUAUUAAAAAGGUUAUUGACCUUUAAAACAUUCGCCUUUUUUAAUUAUUAUUU